UCUUCCAAACAUCACUUAGUGGAAUUGCGUAUAAAUUGUAAAGCGAUCAUCUUUAUUCAAACCCAAAACUUCCGAAAAAAAAUUUAUAACUCAUUUCAACACUUCCCCCACCCCCUCCCUGUUUCUUCAUUUCUUCUCUUUUAAAUCUCUCACUAUUUCCCACUCAAUGAUCUUUUCAAUCUUCCCCAUUUAUAUACUUCUCUUCUUCUUCCUAAAAUUCUCAAAUUCCCACUUCAAGAUCUCCCUGUUUCUUUAGUUUUUUGCUUUUUGGUGUUUUUCGCUAUGGCUCUCUGUUACUACUUCUUCCUUCUUCACUUUCUGGUUUCUCUUGCCUUUGGGACUGAUCAAUCUCUGUUUUUCUCUUUGAUGCAAAAGGGCGUUGUUGGGAAUUCUCUGCCUUCCGAUUGGACUGGAAAUUCCUUCUGUAAUUUCACCGGUAUUACUUGUAAUGAAAAGGGGUUGGUGGUGGGGGUUGAUCUUUCAGGCAGGGCGGUUUCUGGGAGGUUUCCGGCGGAUGUUUGUUCUUAUUUACCGGAGUUGAGAGUGCUGCGGCUUGGACGGAGUGGGUUACGUGGAACGUUUCCAGGUGGGGUAACGAACUGCUCUGUUUUGGAAGAAUUGGAUAUGAGUUCUCUGUCUCUGAUGGGGACGUUACCGGAUUUCUCGUCGUUGAAAACCUUGAGGAUACUCGACCUGUCGUACAAUAACUUCACCGGUGACUUUCCAUUGUCAGUUUUCAGUUUGACGAAUCUCGAGAGUUUGAAUUUCAACGAGGACAACAAUUUCAAAACGUGGCAGUUGCCGGAGAAUGUGUCUGGGUUGACGAAGUUGAAAUCGAUGGUGUUAACGACUUGUAUGUUGGAGGGGAGAAUUCCGGCGACGAUUGGGAAUAUGACGGCGCUUGUUGACCUUGAACUAAGUGGGAAUUUCCUCACCGGAAAAAUCCCAAAGGAAAUCGGGAAUUUGAAGAAUUUGAGAGCGUUGGAGCUUUAUUACAAUUCAUUAGUCGGUGAAAUUCCAGAAGAACUUGGGAACUUAACAGAGCUCGUGGACUUGGACAUGUCAGUCAACAAGUUGACCGGAAAAUUACCAGAAUCCAUUUGUCGUCUUCCGAAACUUGAAGUUCUUCAGCUUUACAACAAUUCAUUAACAGGAGAGAUUCCAAUUUCAAUUUCAAAUUCAACGACACUCACUAUGUUAUCACUUUACGACAACUACAUGACGGGACAAGUUCCAAGUAAUUUGGGUCAAUUCUCACCUAUGGUGGUUCUCGACUUAUCGGAGAAUUAUUUCUCGGGUCCAUUACCGACAGAUGUCUGUGGACAAGGUAAACUAAUGUAUUUCCUUGUAUUGGAGAAUAAAUUUUCCGGUCAAAUCCCACCGUCGUACGGUACAUGUCAAUCCCUUUUACGGUUUCGUGUCAGUUCGAAUAAUUUAGAAGGUCCGGUGCCGGUGGGACUUUUGGGUCUUCCUCAUGUUUCGAUUAUUGAUUUUGGUAACAAUAAUUUAAGCGGUGAAAUUCCCAAUUCUUUUGUUAAAGCCAGGAAUCUUUCUGAAUUGUUUAUGCAGAGUAAUAAAAUUUCCGGCGUGUUACCGCCGGAGAUUUCAAAAGCUACCAAUUUAGUUAAGAUCGAUCUUAGCAACAAUCUCUUAUCUGGUCCAAUUCCUUCAGAAAUUGGGAAUCUCAGAAAGCUUAAUCUGUUGCUUUUACAAGGAAAUCAUUUGAAUUCUUCAAUACCCACUUCACUUUCCGAUCUUAAAUCUUUGAAUGUUCUUGAUUUGUCUGAUAAUCGAUUAACCGGCAACAUACCGGAAAGUCUCUGUGAAUUGUUACCAAAUUCAAUCAAUUUCUCAAACAAUCAACUCUCCGGUCCAAUUCCUCUGUCUUUAAUCAAAGGUGGAUUAGUUGAAAGCUUUUCCGGCAACCCAGGAUUAUGCGUUUCAGUUUACUUGGAUGCAUCCGAUCAGAAAUUCCCAAUUUGUUCUCAAAACAACAACAAAAAACGAUUGAACUCCAUUUGGGCAAUUGGAAUAUCGGCUUUUAUAAUCUUGAUCGGAGCUGCUCUGUAUUUACGACGACGUUUGAGCAGAGAAAAAUCCGUAAUGGAACAAGACGAAACAUUAUCAUCUUCGUUCUUCUCAUACGAUGUGAAAAGCUUCCACCGAAUCAGCUUCGACCCAAGAGAGAUAAUCGAAUCAAUGGUGGAUAAGAACAUCGUGGGGCAUGGUGGCUCCGGUACGGUGUACAAAAUUGAACUAAGCAGUGGAGAAAUGGUAGCCGUUAAAAGACUAUGGAGUCGAAAGGGGAAAGACACGUCUUCGGAUCAAGAACAGUUGUAUUUGGAUAAAGAAUUGAAAACAGAAGUUGAAACAUUGGGAAGUAUAAGGCACAAAAACAUAGUGAAAUUAUAUUGCUAUUUCUCAAGUUUGGAUUGCAGUCUUUUGGUUUAUGAGUAUAUGCCAAAUGGGAAUUUAUGGGAUGCUUUACAUAAGGGUUGGAUUCAUUUGGAUUGGCCAACUAGACAUCAAAUUGCUUUAGGCAUAGCUCAAGGAUUGGCUUAUCUUCAUCAUGAUUUGUUGCCUUCUAUCAUUCACAGAGACAUUAAAACAACUAAUAUUCUGUUGGAUGUUAAUUAUCAUCCUAAGGUUGCAGAUUUUGGCAUUGCUAAGGUUUUGCAAGCUAGAACUGGCAAGGAUUCCACCACCACCGUCAUUGCCGGAACUUAUGGCUAUCUCGCUCCGGAGUAUGCAUAUUCAUCGAAGGCUACAACAAAGUGUGACGUGUAUAGCUUUGGGAUCGUGUUGAUGGAGUUGAUAACGGGGAAGAAGCCGGUGGAGGCGGAGUUUGGAGAGAACAAGAACAUCAUAUAUUGGGUAUCAAACAAAGUAGACACAAAGGAAGGAGCAAUGGAAGUGUUAGACAAAAGGGUUUCAUGUUCAUUCAAAGAUGAGAUGAUUGAAGUUCUAAGGAUUGCAAUUCGUUGUACAUACAAGAAUCCAGCCCUUAGACCCACCAUGAAAGAAGUGGUUCAACUAUUGAUUGAAGCUGACCCUUGCAAAUUCGAUUCCCAUAACAAAUCCUCCAAACACACCACCACCAAAAUCAACAACCCAUUUGACCUAUGAGAGAUCUACACCCUCCUUUUUCCUUAACCAAACCCUACUAAUUAAUCUUCAACUCAAUGCUAUAUACCAUCUUUAUAUUUAUACAUACAUAUAUAUAUAUAUGCCCCAAACUCGUGUAGAUAUUCUAUGUCUUAUGUUUGCUAUCACUUUUAAGUUCAUUUAAUAUGACUGUUAUCAAUAUUAUUCUUAA